CCGAGCCUACCUGCGAUUGGUCACCAGAGGGGCUUGGGGGGGAAAAUCCCUCUUUCCCGUAGCGGCACUGAAGAGGGGCGGUGCAUAACAAAAACUAAUGGCCAUCUAUUUGGGUCCUGAAGAAGGAGGGGUAUUGCUCGUCGGACUACCGUAGGUGUGCUUGAGUUUCCCCCUCAUGUUACUGCGUACGUUUUGCCCGUCAAUGAUAUACAGUGUCGCCUUUAGUCGUCUUUCUGCUGGACGUUGUUUAGCCACAGUGGCCACACGGUUUGUGAAGCGGGGCUGAACUUGGUGCCGCGUUUUAGGGUUAAAGCAGGAGCAGCUAGCCACGCUAACGCUAAGCUACUACCAGCGCCUCCUCUAUAGUGAACCAGCGUCUAGAAGGGCGUACGAGUUUGACGUCUCCUCCUCAAGUCUCCUCACAUUUACAACGAGUUUUAGUACAACGACAGUCCUCUCUUCCUCAAAGCAAAGCCCACCCAGCCAACAUGGAGGGGACACUCUUCCAAAGAGCAUGAAGAAGACGAGAGGCGGCGACUGAAAAGGAUUUACAAGCAACUCGGACUUGAUGGGGAAAAGUUGAGCUGAGGACUAACAACUUGGGGGAAAAUACAGAAGAACGGUUCCAAGGCUCAAGCUUUUGUACAAGGGCAUGCGUAAAACUGAGUGAUGGAUACAACUGUUGUGAGCACAUCCACUCUGGCCUCUGAUGAGUUUGAUAGGAACAUGCCGAGGAUCUGUGGCGUGUGUGGUGACAAAGCCACUGGUUUCCACUUCAACGCCAUGACCUGCGAAGGCUGCAAGGGUUUUUUCAGGCGCAGUAUGAAGCGCAAAGCGGCCUUCACAUGUCCCUUUAACGGCAGUUGCACUAUCACCAAGGACAACAGGCGCCACUGCCAGGCAUGCCGGCUCAAACGCUGCGUGGACAUCGGCAUGAUGAAAGAGUUCAUUCUGACAGACGAGGAAGUACAGAGGAAGAAGGACCUGAUUCAACGGAGGAAGGACGAGGAGGCACAGCGCGAAGCAGAGAGGGAGGCACGGAGGCCCAGACUCACAGACGAACAGAGUCAGGUCAUCUCCACGCUGGUGGAGGCGCACCACAAAACAUACGACGACUCCUACUCCGACUUCUGCCGCUUCAGGCCUCCUGUGCGCGAGGGCCCAGUGACACGCAGCGCCAGUAGAGCUGCGUCCCUCCACUCUCUGUCUGACGCCUCCUCUGACUCCUUCAGUCACUCUCCAGAGUCGGUCGACAACAAAAUGAACUUCAACAACCUGCUGAUGAUGUACCACGAGCAGGGCAGCAGCCCCGACUCCAGCGAGGAGGAGGGCUCCAGCUUCUCCAUGCUGCCCCACCUUGCUGACCUGGUCUCCUAUAGCAUCCAGAAGGUCAUCGGCUUUGCAAAGAUGAUCCCGGGGUUCAGGGAGCUGACUGCAGAGGACCAGAUUGCCCUGCUCAAGUCCAGUGCCAUAGAGGUGAUCAUGCUGCGCUCAAAUCAGAGCUUCAACCUAGAGGACAUGUCCUGGAGCUGUGGCGGGCCUGACUUUAAAUACCAGAUCAGUGAUGUCACCAAAGCGGGCCACACUCUGGAGCUGCUGGAGCCCUUGGUGAAGUUCCAGGUGGGUCUGAAGAAGCUAAACCUGCAGGAGGAGGAACAUGUGCUGCUGAUGGCCAUCUGCCUGCUGUCUCCAGAUCGCCCAGGUGUUCAGGAUCACGCGCAGGUCGAAGUCCUCCAAGACCGACUGUCGGAGACCCUGCAGGCCUACAUCCAGCUUCACCACCCGGGAGGUCGGCUGCUGUAUGCCAAGAUGAUCCAGAAGCUGGCUGACCUGCGCAGCCUCAACGAGGAGCACUCCAAACAGUACCGCUCGCUCUCCUUCCAGCCGGAGCACAGCAUGCAGCUGACCCCACUGGUGUUGGAGGUGUUCGGCAGUGAAGUCUCCUAAAGGCUCGGUGGUAGAGAUGCAGCGGGAGACGAGAUCCCUGGUGGAAUUGAACGAAAGGAGAGAGUUGAGGAUGUGCUGGAUGGACCAAAUUGGAGUUGUGGAGAUUGAAGUGAGUGGAAGAGAGAAAGUGAUGUGUGCGUGCGUGCGUGUUUGUGUGCGUGUGUCUCGUUUAAUUGAGGCUGUCUCGGCAUCAAGGUUGUAUGGCGAGAAAGCAGAUGUUUAGAGACACAGUAAACAAGGAGACUUCAUGAAAUACAAAUUCAACUAUACAUACAACUUCUCUCUACGUACAGUGUUUUUGUCUGUAUUUAAAUCAACCAACAGCUGCUUCAGAUGCCAGGACAUUUUCUAUGUGUGCAUGUGAAAUGCACACACCAACACAACAAACACACUCAAUUAUUCAUUUUGCUAUUCAGUUGAGCUACCUCUUGGUUUUACUGGGGUUGUUUUAUACUUACAUCACCCAUGUGAAACUGUAACUUUAACACAGGACAAUUUAGAUACAGUGGAGCUGCACGGUGGUGCAGUGGUUAGCGCUCUCGCCUCAAAGCAAGAAGGUUCAUGGUUGGGACAGGGACAGGGCCUCUGUGUGUGGAGUUUGCAUGUUCUCCCUCUGCAUGUGUGGAUUCCGACCGGGUACUCCGGCUUCCUCCCACAGUCCAAAGACAUGCUUGUUAGGUUGAUUGGUGACUCUUAACAUUGCCCUUAAGUGUGCAUGUGAGCGUGCCUGGUUGUUUUAGUCUGUAUGUUGGCCCUGUGAUUGACUGGCGACCAGUCCAGGGUGUACCCCCACUUCUCGCCCAGUGACAGAUGGGAAUCGACUCCGGCCCCCUUGCGACCCCAAACAGGAUAAACGGUAUAAAUAAUGGACGGAUGGAACUUAGAUACAGUACGGACAACUUUUCAGUGUACCUGUGCAGAAGCACCGUCUGCACAUUACUCUGACUUUUUAUGAUAUUUGUGAUUCCUUUGUUUGGUUUGUUUUCAUCUGCUUCUCUCCAAAGCAGCAUAUAUAAAUAUAUAUAUAUAUAUAUAUAUGACUGUGUAUACAAAUCAAACGCAUGCCUUUCACCUUUCACCAAAGGUAUGGUCUACUACUUUCUCAAUAAGCUUUCAGUACCUAAAAAUAACCUUGCUGCUGCUCCAUGGCUCGUUUCACCCAUGCAGCCAUUCGGCAUGGGAGCAAGUUAUGCUACUGGCCUCGCAGCCAAUGAAGGAAAAUGUCAUAAUAUAGGAUAACUGCAGAGUGCAGAACUUAGUCUGUAAUUUAGUGAGGUUUUUUGACAGGACUUGGGGUGUAUGGUUUUGAGGUGAGAAUUAGCCACUAAAUGUGUUAGCUACUUUUUACUCUGCUAACUGUCAAUCAAACCAAGCCUGCAUUAUGGCUUGUUCCUCUCUUAUGGAAAUUAUUUUUUCAUUCUUCUCUGGUAUUGUUUAUUUCCUUGUAAAUAGUUAAUUACUACCACAUGUAUCCUAAGCACUGUUAUACCACCUUUACUCAAGCCUAUGUAUUGUUAUACAGUAUCUAUAUUAUCACAGAUUUUUAAAGGGCUAAGUUGCCAAAUCUAACUGGAAUAGUAAAUGAAGGCCAAAGCAAGGGGCCGGUCUUGUUUAUAUAUAGCUGCAUACCAUACUUGGAAUUGGCAUAGCUAUGGAUGUAAUUUCAACGAAUGCUUUUUUUUUUUUUGGUUGUUUUAUUGGUCAUUUCACUUUUAAAAACAAUUCCAUGAAUUGUUCCUCCUCAGUACACCGUGAGCUCGAUGGGCGGAGAGCUUCGGAAGCUGCUUCAGACCUCCAUAGAUAUCACACCCUUUCGUUUCUGACAGGGACGUGGAUCCUCUAGAAUGUCAGAGGGCCUGAUUGUGUUGAUGGUGUGCACCUCACCACCCAGGCCCGUCCUGUUUGAUGAUGUAUGCUGCGCAGCCCUCUAGUGGCUGCAUUGUGUAAAUACCAGGUAUAUAUAUAUAUAUAUCUAUAUAUAUAUAUAUCAAUAUGUAAUAUGGCUGUCGCUGUACAUAGGGCUACAUAGAUAUUUCUCAAGACACAUUUUUCUGAAAUAUAUAUGCAAAUUCAAUAUAGACCCUUUUUUGGUUUUGAGUCAUUAUCACUACGUUCUGAUACACUAUGCUCUUUGUUUGACUUUGAUCACAUUACUUCUGGUAAGAAUGAGUGAGGACUGGCCUGAACAGGGAUCACUUGUGUAUUUUACUCAGUCAGAUUAUUUGUUUAGUGGUUGGGUUGAUGUAUUUGCCCUAAUUUUUCAUGUUCACUCUGAAAAAGAGGACAAGCUAAACUUACCAUGCUGCUCUGCUCUCUAAUAUAAGCCAUACAGAUCACCAAGCUAGUAACACACCUACCAGUAAUGCAUUACAGAAUAUCCAGAGCCAUGGGUAUUCUCAUUCUAAAAUGUCAUAUGCUAUUUAACCGUGGCUUCUCAGAGAUAAGCUUGUACAUGAUUGGACCUCAUGCCUUUUACUGCCACCAUCUUAGGCUUCUGCUCAGACAGCAUCUAAUGGCUUCCAAACCAAACUGCCAAGAUAAUAAAAAAAGCUUGUGUUUAGAGGUCAGUGAUGCAUGUGGGAUUAUGGUUUCAAUAUUUGACAUGACUUGUCUUUUAUAUCAAGACAUUAACUGAAUUAAGCGUUAAGUCAACUUCCUGAUGACUUCAUGUGAUGUAACCAGAGCCAACUUGGUUACAGUGAAAUCAUUCAGAAAGAUGAUUCAAUUGGUUUUUGUCUUCUAUUUGCUGUGAAAGAAGACACAAAACGGUUUCCUGUGAUCGACCAUUACGGCUCUUAUGUUGUAGACUUAAAGCCUCCAACAUCUCAGUAGGCCGGGUUAGUGUGGCAUCUUGGAGAGAGAUGGUCGGAGAGAGCAUGUGUUAGUUGAUGAGCUGAUUUGUAAAGAGUUGGUAAAGUUGAUGCUUUAAUAUGUUCGGGCGGUUAGGGUUUAUUUUAAACCUCUAUGAAAUAUUUAGUCAAAUCGUUGUCACUGUGGCUUUAUUCCAACACUUCUUCUGUCACUGUGACUGUGUGCAUGCUUUCGGUCGGGAUAUACACGACGUAUAUAAUCUGCAUAGCACAGAUAGCAAAGUACUUUUUGGAGUUUUUAAACAUUUAUGAUGACAAGUUGUCCUAUGAAAAUCAUGGGAAUUAUCUAGUGUAUAUUUGUAAUACCAAGUGUCCCACAAAUGCCCCUUCUGUUAUUGGACUUCAAGAAGUUGAGGCUCAAGUGUCUUUAGGCAGUACCACUCAUGUGUGUAGUAUGUCAGUAUGAUGAGGGGUAUGAUGUGCUUGGUUACUGAACACUGACUUUUGAAGUUUUGAAAAGUCUCCAUGACGAUUUUUCUCUGAAUACAUACUUCAGUAUGUAGAAAUGGGAAUCUUAUUUUUUUUUUUGUUCAUGAGAGAGAUUUGGUGUUGAUGUGUGUAUGUAAAAUACAGUGUGGGGAAGUUUGGUGAACUUGUAAGUGCCACGGGGAGAGUUCCCUCUACACGAGAACAGGGUAAAAGAGGAGUUGCUCUGGGGAAUUUUAAAACUGAACAGGAAAAGUCUUGAGGAUGCAUCAUGUGGCCACUGAUCAGUUUUUUCUCGUAAAAGGGGAACCCCCUUGUUUCCCUUUUAUGACUAAAUAUGAGAAUAAGUGUAUUUGUUGUUGCCCUUAUUUCCCACCUGCAACUGUACAUAACUUGCAAGUUACAUGUUACAGUUCAAUCUGAAUAUGGGGCAUCCCUCGAGAUUCCUGUUUGGUUUCACCACAGUGGGCUGCUCAGAAUCCGUAAGUUUUGAACUCUGCAUUGUGGUUGGUAAAAUACUGGAACUUGAAAAACCAUGCAUCAAAGGAGAUCUACCACAUGUAACAUGGAUCCAUCGUUGGAGAGAUUUCCUUAUCAUUUGAAACACAACACACGAUAACAAUGCCUGCAAUAUGAAACUUAUGGUACACUAUCACCAGCAAGCUUUACAGGAUAUCAUUUUAGACAUUUUUGAAGAUUUUUCUAUAACUGUUGCCAAUACAAAUCCUGUCUGUACAAACAUGUAAGAUAUUCUCAUCCAUAGAAAACAGUAGGCCAUCUCCCACGCAAAGGCUUUCAAGUCUGUAUUUUAUGAUUUUGUUUUCUUUUUGUUCUUCCCAUUAGGACAGGGAUUGUAAUGGAAUCAACUUAAUGUAGUUCUUAUAAAAGGAGUGUCCACAAUGGAUGUACACCAUAAUCUACCUAAAAAACCUACCUCUUUUAGCUCAGAUUUUUGCUUUAGCAUUAAGCAUUUGCCUCUGUUUUUACUUUUGUAAUAUUUGUAUUCAUGUUGGUAUUUAUUGCUGUCUAAUGAGUCAUACUUGUAUGAUUACCUCAGAGAUAUCUCACAGAUUUGGGAGACUCCAGCUAAUGAAGUCAUUCAUAGUUAUUUUUAUUUUUUUGUACAGUUUAUUUUUUUUCUUCUCAGACUUAGCAUUGCCUUUUUUUUAACGCACAAAGUACCGGGAGAGUUUUUAAUACAGUGCCUGCACUCUGACCAACGGGGGGCUCAGACUGGCGAGGGGCUGCAUUAACUCAACACAAAGUACCUCCUUUUCUGCAUCCGUUGUUCUGUUUACGGGACGUUUUUCGAUACUUUUGAGCAACAUAUGCAUCAAAUCUUGUUGCUAUUUAGCUGAACCUUAUCUUUAAAGUCCCUCAGAGCAAACCGAAGAGGAGGAUUCUGUGGAGUGAAUGCAGCUUUAAAGAAGGAACAGCCUGAAUGACUUUGCGGCAGUAGGAGAAAGGAGAGUUGUGUUUGGGCUCCGCUUGGUACUGACAGCAUGGUAUUUGCUUUGUAGUACGCCAUCCUUACCUUUUUUCCUUGCUACUUUUCCAAGUCCUUCCUCCUCAUUACCCGUCCUUUGUCUUCACCUCUCCUUCUGUCCUAAAGUCUGCUCUUGCACCUUCAUUAUUCCCUGCCGAUGUUUGGUCUAAUAUAGGAGAAGUGAAAUCCUCAGUAUCCAUGCAAUGCUGCUUUUUUAUCUUGAGCGCCACCAAGUCGUGUGUAAUCGAUACAACGUAAUAAUGCAGGCAUCGUCCAAAAUGUCAGCCCCAGGCGGUGCGACAAGCCUCAUUGUAAAGCUUGUGUCUUUUAAACGAACACGACUUAGUGGCGCUUAUUGGGGGAAUAAACUUUCCCUUCAAAUCCUAGUAUCAUAUUAACAGAGCAACUACUCACUUUGGUGAAUUGAAACCAAGUUUUUUUUUUUUUUUAUUCAUGUCAAACUGCUUCAGGUAAACACUGAAUGAAAUAAGAGAGGUUUUUAUUGAUCAGUGAAUACUGAGGAACAAUGUGGACAUGGUCACAUCUACCCUGAGCUGUGUGCCAUAGUUCGACCCUUUUCGAUGCAGGGGGAGGGUGUUGAUGAAGCUGGCUUCACAUGCUGACGAGUGUGAGAUUAGUCUCCAACUUUGGGACUCUGUCAGCUGUAUGUUUUGACCGUGUUUGAGGAUUAAAUUCUGAAUUAGGUGUUGAAUUCUUACCCUGCAUUGUUUACCCAAAUUUAAUCAAUUAAAAAUGCCUGAACCAACAAAAAGCACUUAAUGUAAUGUUUGUAACACGUGCAUACUUAUGAAUCUUCUAGCCAUACACUGCCUGUGUUGGUCAGCAUGAUAUGGCUUCAAUUAUCAAUAAAAAGUUCAAGUCACUUAAAUUCUAGUGUAAUUGCAAUUUAUCCUUUGUCUCAUUUUUUUUCAAAGAUCUUCUUUUUUCUAUUAUAAAUUGGUGUUUAUGUUAUGUUAUUUUUGUCAAAUAUUUUGCAAAUCAAAAAUAAACAAUUGUACAGAG